CUAACGUAUCUGUCAUUGUCAAAUUUGUUAAACGUCGAAAUUGAUCUUAGUAUUAGAUUUGAUAAAUUAAAACACCAAGGAACACGAACGAAACAUCCAUUGGUUGGCCGAGGUUGAGGAUUUUUCGUAUAAUUGGCUAAGUCAGACGACUACCCCCAACCGGCAAUAUUUCGUUUUGAUUCGCUCAAUACACAGAUUCGAUCGGCUUACAGAAUGUUUUUCAGAGGACUUAUAUUCAUAACGAUAUUUUAUUCAGCAAACAUUUUAUGUAACCAAGAUAUAGACGUUAAGACAGAAGAAGACGUGGGGGUGAAGUAUGCGAAUAGAUGUGAAGUUUGCAAAGUACUUGCAACAGAACUACAAGGGAGGCUAGAAGAAACCGGCAAAGUGCACGACGUUAUCGAAAUUGGAUACUCGUUGGAUGAUGUGCAGCCAAAGAAAAAAACUAAGUACGAAAAAUCUGAAUUAAGGCUAAUCGAAUCUUUAGAGGGAGUGUGCGAGAGGAUUCUGGAAUAUAAUAUACACAAAGAGAGGCAAGACAGCACUCGGUUUGCAAAAGGCAUGAGCCAGACAUUUAAAACUCUCCAUGGACUUGUAGACAAAGGGGUAAAAGUUGAUCUUGGCAUACCAUAUGAACUAUGGGAUAAGCCCUCAGCUGAAAUUACUCAUAUGAAAACUCAAUGUGAGAGCCUUUUAGAAGAGAAUGAAUCUGCUAUUGAAGAGUGGUAUUGGAAUCAUCAAGGUAAAAUAGAUUUGAAAAAUUUCCUUUGUACAAAGAAUGCUUUGAAGAAUACAGAUGACUCUUGCUUGUUUGAAAAGCUAGAACCUAAAUCCAAAGGGGACAAAGGAAGUAAAUAUGAUAAGUCUGAACUAUAAUCUUCUGUCUCAAGUUAAUGUAACUUUAUGAUCAAAUACAUUACUUGAUAGGACUGUGAUAGGUGUAUAUCUAGAAAUAAUUAUGUAAAAGGAUUUCCUUUAUUAUAGUAAUAUAAGAGGCAACUUUUAAUCAACUCUUCAACGAAUCUAUUUUAUUAUUAUUUUUAUUAUAAUGAUUUGACUAUGGCCUAGUCACCCUUAACUUAGGGUAGGCUCCGAGCGCCUGGUGGGGCAGUAUAGUGAGCUGAUGAUGAUGAUUUAGAAAGUCCUAAUAACUUCAGUAAUAUGAACAACAUUUUUACCAUUCAAUGACAAAUACAAGUCUUAUAUC